GGAAACAUGUCUUUUUGGGAGAAGAUAAAAGUAGUCAUCGUAAUAGUCUAUGUCCAGGUUACAGGAAUCCUCUUCUAUGGAUUAAUGAUUUACGGGGUGCAUUCGUUUCAUUCUGCUCAAUUAGCGAUAAAGGAAACUCAUACAAACUCUUGAAGUAUUCCAGGCUACUUUUUCUACUGAGAUAAUACGAGCCUAAUUCUGAUGAACCAAAGUGAGCUAAAGUACAUAUCUUAUGUGGAUGAAUCCUUCUGGAGAAAAUAUGCUUAUGAACUAUUUUAUAUGCCAGUCAACUUUUCUUUCUUUAUAGUUAUCAUCACCUUUGGUAUGACGAAUAAAGGGCCAUUUGAUACUUGGAUUAUAAAUUUUAUCGGAUAUUUUAUCUCCAUAAGCUCAUUGGUUGUAACAAGCAGAGAUUUCUGAUUAAUCAUCUUCAGAAUGUUAGAAAAUGGAUUUCAUACUUUGGUUCACACCCCUUUGUUUAUUUGAUCAUCUUUGCUUUAUGAGUUUACAAUAUUAGGAACUUUCAUAUUCAUAGAUUCCUCAAAAAUAUUGCGUUGUCCACAAGAAGAAUGUUUGGCAUGAACUGUAAUUAUCCAUAGCCAUAUUAUUCAAGGGUUAUGCAUUCUUGGAAGCUUCUUUAUUGUACCAUAUUUUGAAUUCUUAACAAAUAAUAUUUACAUUGUAUUGUUGCAAAAUUCAUUUUGGAUUACUUUGGUUAUAUACAGUUUUUGAACUAAGAAAAGACUACAGAAUACAAGAGAAGGCAUGAAAUCUUGGUAUGAAUGGGUUGCAACUUUAUGUAUCAGCCUUUAUCUAUCAUUUACUGUCAAUUACUUCUAUAUUUUUGACAACAAUUACCACUCAUUAUUAAUAAAGGUAUUGCUAUCUUUGAUACUAAUAAUAGUUCACCUUUUCUUUGUCAGCAUUUACAUGGUACAUCAAUCAUAUUUUUUAAAUCCUUAUAUGAGCAAUUAUGAAUCAACACAGGCUCAUAAAAUUUGAGAAUUAAAACAUAUCUAUGGAGGAUAUAAUAUAAAUAAAGUAAAUAAUCCCAUAUGCCGAUACUGAAUGAACAGUCUAUCCUCGCCACAUCUAGAAUAUAUCGAUAUUGAUUCACAAAACCAAAGGACUUAUAAGAAACUGAAAAGCUUUCCUCGAACUUACAUCAGAACGUUUUGAGAAUGAAACCUGCACUUAGAAUGCUUCCUUAAUUGAUUAAAGUAUGAUUCAAGGUGUUUGGCCUGAGAUACCUACAUGAACAGGUUUUUGCAAAAAGGAGACAAUUAUUAUGAAAUUUUGCUGUAAAAUUUACUAAAA